GUUUCGAAAACGUGAAGAUUUACAUAAGUUUAAAACCAGACUUGAAGUGAAUUUAUUUAGUGAAAUAAAUUUGAACUUUAUUCAAACACAUUUAACACCGUUGCUCCUACCAAAGCAUCUUGUUCAUCCGGUUGAAACAAACAUUACACAACGUGUAUUUGAAUGGCAAAUGGUCUCGUAUUAAGCAUCGUACUUUAACGACUGGUGGUGGUACUUCCGCAUGUCUAGCCUGUGGUAAGUUUUACAGGAAUAAUGAAUGAGCUUCUGUUGAUCGCCGGUAUUUUUAUCGCCGUGCUGAUAUUUUUUCGUCAACUUGUACGUGGGGCACAAUGCAAAAGCAAGACUAAACUGCAUGGUAAAACGGUCAUCGUAACAGGCAGUAAUACAGGCAUAGGUAAAGCGACGGCUGUGGAGUUAGCAAUGAGAGGAGCGAGAGUCAUUCUGGCAUGUCGGAACCAAGUGCUCGGCGAGGCGGCUGUUGCGGUUGUAAAACGAGAAAGCGGGAGUAAAAAUGUGGUUUUCAUGAAGCUGGAUCUAGCCAGUCUGAAAUCCGUGCGCUCCUUUGCACAAACUUUCCUUAAGACGGAGGAAAGACUGGAUAUUCUCAUCAACAACGCAGGGGUCUAUGCGCAGGGCACCACAGAGGAUGGUCUUGGUCUUAUGUUUGGUGUCAAUCACAUCGGUCACUUCCUCCUGACUAACUUGCUGCUGGAAAGAAUGAAAGAAUGUGCACCAAGCCGUAUUGUCACCGUGUCUUCGUAUUUACACAACUUGGGUACCAUUGACUUCGACUGUCUUCGCACACACAAGGAGUUUGGAGUGGGCGAUAGUUUCAUCGAUGUCUUUAAGAUCUAUUCCCACAGCAAGCUGUGCAACGUCCUGUUUACACACGAGCUUGCAAAGAAGCUGCAGGGAACCAAUGUGACCUGUUACAGCCUUCAUCCAGGUGCUGUAGAUUCUGAUCUGGGUCGUUACACGAAUAAAAAGAUUAGGAGGUUUAUAUACAGGCCCAUUGCAGCCAUGUUCUUCAAGGACAUAGAAGCUGGUGCCCAGACAACUCUACACUGUGCCCUGCAAGAGGGCAUCGAAUCCCUGAGCGGCAGGUAUUUCUCCAAUUGUGCAGUGCAGAAGGUGGCAGCCAAAGCUCAGGAUGAUGCUGUGGCCAAGAAGCUGUGGGAAGUGAGCGAGACAUUAAGUGGUUUGUCAUGAGUGGUUUCAGUUACUUAAGAUCAGAUCGUGAACACAGCUGUCACGGUCCCACAGUCGUAAUGUGAAGAUGCACUGUUUAUAGUUCUUAAACAUAAUUAGUAAUUCCGCUUCAAUCACGUUAUAUUUUCAGCAGCUAUCAUUGUCUCUGUGUUUUAUUGUUGUAACGAUUUGUCCUGAAGAAUUUUAACCUAUCUAAUGUUACAUUGGACUUGUCUUUAAUUUUUUUCUUUAUUUGGAUGGAUUUGAUGGUAUAUAUUGGCUCAUAACAUUGUACUGUUCGUUACAGGUAUAAAUAAAAGUAAUAUCACCAA